AUGGCGACUGCGUUGCACACUGCUAGCCAGUAUGUGCUACUUUCGCUACCUUUGAAUGCUCAGCCCAGCUCUGCACCAGACAAAAACGUGGAGAGCUGGCUGCAGGAAGAGCUCUGCGGUGGCAGACCGUUCGUAUCGGAGUUUAAGAUCCCAGAGUUCAAAAUUGGGUCUCUCGACACCCUCGUGCUGCAAUCCGAGGAACUCGUCAAAAUCGACACUCAGAUCGGUGGCUCUGUCGCCAAGAUCGUCGAGGUGUUGGGAAACAUGGACGAGGCGCAAACCAACGCCUACAAAACGUUGCCCGUGAACAACGUGCCUGUCAUGGAGUAUCUAGAAAACUUCCAAUGGCAAACUCGCAAAUUCAGACUUGAUAGAUCCAUCAAAGAGCUCAUAAGCGACAUUGCCGACGAGUCGUCGCAGCUCGAUGCAGACGUGAGAGCCACCGCGACCAACUACAACUCAGCCAAGACCAACUUGGCUGCAGCGGAACGCAAGAAAACCGGUGAUUUGUCUGUGCGGUCCUUGCACGACAUUGUCAAGCCCGAGGACUUCGUUCUGGGCUCAGACCACCUCACUACGGUGCUUGUAGCCGUUCCUCAAAAUUUGAGACAGGAGUUCCAGAAAAGCUACGAGACCCUGGCCAAGAACGUUGUUCCUUGCUCCGCGAGUAUCCUCAAACAAGACAGUGAGUACGCAUUGUUCAACGUGCACCUUUUUAAGAAGUCUGUCAACGACUUUGUGAGCGCGUGUCGUGAAAAGAAGUUUGUUCCCCGUGAUUUUGACUACUCUGAAGAGCUCAUAAAUCAACUAACGAGGGAACACGAGUCCGCUGCUCAUUUAGAGCAAUCUUUGCGCGUCCAAUUGGUCCGUCUUGCCAAAACCGCUUACUCCGACGUGUUUAUGAACUGGUUUCAUAUCAAAGCUUUGCGAGUGUUUGUAGAGAGCGUUUUGCGUUAUGGACUUCCACCUCAUUUUAACACUCGUUUGAUCGCGGUUCCACCAAAAAACUUGGCAGCUUGUAAGAGCGAGCUCAUCAAGGAAUUUGGGUAUUUGGGAGGCAAUGCUUUUUCCAAGGAUAAAGCGGGCAAGAUUAAGAAACAAGACAGCUCGUUACACGAAUACGCGUCUAUUGUCGAUACCGAAUAUGAGCCGUUUGUGAUGUACACGGUGGAGUUGUGA